AUGGAGCCGCUAAGUGCUGGUGCUGAGCCGGUUGACGAAACUGAUCAGGCUGGCACCUCCGUGGAGGGUCAAACCUGCGUCGUCUGCUCGCACACAGCCCAUGGGAUCCAUUUCGGCGUGCCGUCCUGCCGAGCAUGUGCGGCUUUUUUCCGGAGAUCCGUGGUGCUCGACCGCAAAUAUAGCUGCCGCCGGAUCAACGCCGAGUGCGAGAUCAGUUUAGAUGUCCGAUAUCUCUGCCGCUACUGCCGCUUCCAGAAAUGUGUUCGCGUGGGGAUGACGCCUGAGAACGUGCAAUGGAAUCGGGAUCGUAUGUCGAGCUCAAUCAAGACGGGGAAGAAGCCGAAGGACUCGGGGCCUGACACCGGCGAGAAUCAGCCAAAUGACGUGGAAUCUGACAAAUCGCCUAUCGACGUCGUGAGCGAUGGCUCGGAGACCGGCUCGCCUGAAGUCCCGGUAGCAAAGCAAAAAGACCGGGGUGACGCCGCAUUCUUUGCCCAACAAUUCAUCGAAGUGUCGCGGAUGGUGGAGAAGAUUAUGAACCAGACGCAACCAAUCGAGGUGAUUUCUCCAUUCCCAUUGACGGCGCUACAGCGGAUGGCCGUGGCCACCGAGCGCUUCCGGGAAUAUAUGCCCCGAGAGGGCGCCGUUCAGCUAGUGCACGAGAUCCACUGGUCGACCUGCGAGCAGGACUGGUUCCACCUGAUGCAGCGGGCGGCCAACUGGUACAUGCACAGCGAGGAAUUCUCACGGCUUCCUAGCGGGCAAAAGUUCCUUAUCUUCCGCUCAACUUGGUCAAAUUUUUUGCGAAUGGAAAAGGUGCUGGAGACAUUGCUGGUUUUGGGUGAAGAGUGUAUUGAAAAGAAGCUAUGCCUAGUCGGGCAGUACGUAACCACACCCGAUACAAAAUACAUCAUGGAGGACCGCGUGGGGAUCGACCCGAAUGAGUUUAUCAAGUAUAUCAAGUCCCAGAUCAACAACAUCUUUGCCGAUCUGGCCGUCCCGUUGAUGGUCAUCGCGCCCGAACCCCUUGAAUUUGUCUAUCUGCUCGCAAUGUCGGCAUGGAAUAUUGAUGGCCGUGGGGUAACGCCAGAGACGGUGCGCGUCGCCGACACCUACCGCGAGCGCAUCUCCGCCGAACUGCACGACUACUACGUACACUCUAAGGGCGUAUCCAACUAUGCGCAUCGUCUCAUCCAACUCCACGAGAUUAUCAUCAACAAUGAGAAAAUCCAGCAGGACCGCAGCCAGAUGAUGCACAUGAUGCGCAUCUUCGACGUGUUCAACUUUGAGAUACCGAACAAUUCGCUGUUUGAUAUUGACCGGAUG